AUGUGGGCAGAUCAUCCGGAUUUCCUAGCUACUGUCGAAGCUAGAUGGAAUUUGAGCAUGGAUGGAACGGCGCAAUUUAGCCUUUGCAAGAGAUUGAAAGCACUCAAAGGCGCGCUUAAGGCUUUCAACACGCAACACUACAGCCACAUCUCCUUUAGGGCGAAAGAGGCUGAACUUACCCUGCAAGUUGCCCAGAAUCAACUUGAAUCCAAUCCGGGAGAUGUGGCGCCACGGGACUCUUUGGGUGCUCUUAGGAAGAAGGCCGUUUUCCUUGCCGAGGCCGAACGAUAUUUCUUCUACCAGAAGGCCAAGAUCCACCAUCUUAAAGAGGGGGACCGCAACACCAAAUUCUUCCACAACAUGGUGAUGAGGAAUGUCGCUAGGAAUUCCAUCGGAGCAGUCAUUAGAGCGGAUGAGACUGUUAUCACUACCGCCGAGGAUAUUGCCCAAGAGUUCGUUGACUACUACACAUCACUCUUGGGCACCGAGGCUCAAAUCCUCCCUGUCGAUGAUGGUGUGUUUGAAUGGGGCCCCAUACUCUCUCCCGAGCAGACCGCGGACCUUUGUCGGGCAGUCACACCGUUGGAGGUCAAGGAGGCCAUCUUCCACAUUAGCGACAACAAAGCUCCCGGCCCAAACGGAUAUUCCUCGUGCUUUUUCAAGAAAGCAUGGAACAUUGUGGGUGAUCAAGUUUGCAGGGCCGUCUUGGAUUUCUUUAGGUGUGGGCGGAUGCUACGGCAGCUCAACCACACUAUCAUUGCCCUUGUGCCGAAAUCAGAUCAUUCCACCUCUGUUGCGGAUUACCGGCUGAUUUCGUGCUGCAAUGUGAUCUACAAUGCCAUCACAAAAAUCAUCUCGGACCGGCUAGCGCCUGUUUUGGAGCACCUGAUUGACCGAUGCCAAGCAGCGUUCGUUGGAGGCUGCAAUAUCACUGACAAUAUUUUCUUGGCCCAAGAAAUGGUGCGACAGUACUCGAGGAAAUGA